AUGGACCUCCUCAACGGUCCGGACGAAAAGAACAUCCAUGAGUGGGUGAAGAAAAUUGAAAAGGUCACGGCCAAGUCCAUGAAGAAAAAAGGCCAGCUUGUCAAAGAUCACCCCUCCGCGUCUGAUCUCAACACCCAGUUCUUUGGGAAACUUAUGGCAAGGUUCCUCACUGCGCCCUUAUCGACCCCUGGCUCGGGUAUCUUUGAGAAGAUUCUUGGAACCCGCUUCCCAUUCCCAAACUCAAAGAUCCUCGACGAGUACAACAAGGGUAUCCCCAUCACUCAGGUGCCUGCGCCUUACCCGCCGUGUACUAUCGCGGAGAAAGAUCUGAAGCCGAUCAAGAUUUCCGAGAUGCAACUUGAAACUCACCAUCGCGGACGAAAGCUUUUUUUCCACGUUUUGUCACCCCCAGACCGUACCGAGUCGAUUCUGGCAGCCGCCGAGGACGAGAACGGCACAGCCUACUAUUCACUGCGUGUUGACCACCCGAGCGACAUCAUUGGCCUACCUCAUGGUGAUGAGAGAAUCCCUAGGAAAUGGAGGGGCGACUCGAUCAUGGGUGAGAAGAAGAACAGCUCUGGCUACCGUGAGAAUGGUAACAAGCCCUUUCGCAACAAAAAAUGGGGUGACGCCCACUUCGAAUACACGCAGGCUCUUACCGAGGCGGAUACUCCCCAAGACAAGCAACUUGCUCACCUGAACCGAUCGCUUACGAACCUCAAGCUUGGUCGGCCUGCCAAGGCACUUUCAGAUGCCACGCAAGCUUACGACCCCAGCGUUCCUUCCGAAAAGGCUUUGUUUCGCCACUACAGUGCCCUCUACAACCUUCAACGAUUAGAGGAGUGCGAAGCGGUGCUCCAGACAGUCUUGGAUGCAUUUCCCGACAGUGUGGUGGACAAGUCGACGAUGCAGCGCGUCAAGUCUAGACUGCAGGAACAACGCACGGGAAAAUACAACUUCAAACAGGUGUAUGAACAAGCCAAGGCAACAGAAGGGCCCCCUCUGAUUGACUGCGCUACAUCCUCUACUCCCGUUGAGAUUCAGGACUCGCCUGGUCGUGGACGCGGGCUCUUUACCACCAAGUCUGUAUCAGCAGGAGAAUUACUUCUCGUUGAGAAGGCAUUUGCCUACUCUUUCAUAGACGAGACUCGCCUCUUGGAACGUAUCUCCUACAUGGUGAACUUCGAUACCAAGCGCAUCACCGCGGGCGGAUCUGCCAAUCUCUGGUCUCAGGUCGUCCAGAAGUUGUACCACGAUCGGGAGGCUAAAUCUGCCUUUGAAAGUCUUUUCGAAGGGGGGUUCAAAAAAGUUACGGUUACUGACUGUGACGGAGCUCCCGUUGUCGAUUCCUUCCUUGUGGAGAAGGUCCUCUCCCUAAACUCAUUCGGUUCCCCGACAACAACUCGCGACUUUUGCAAGAACAUCAUCUGGAGUGGCAAAAAGACUCCUUCAUCCCGAGAACGUCCCAUCUUCACCACUGCCGGUCUCUGGCUCCUUGCAGCUCGGAUCAACCACUCCUGUGUCGGCAACUGUCGACUCUCUUUCAUCGGCGACAUACAUAUUGUUCGUGCCGCGCGCGACGUUCCUGCUGGCACAGAGCUAACCUUUUCCUACCGCGCAUCCAAGUUCAACGAGUCACACAAGAGUGUCCAGGAGAACUUGGCCAAGUGGAGAUUUGAGUGUGAUUGCGAACUGUGCAAGGACAGACGCAAGACUACCGAGGCCGUGCGGGUUCAACGCCAGGAGCUCCACGGCGACUUCAUGGACCAACUUCCCAUGGACCAGCCUUUUGACUUGAACAAAGCCGUCAAGCUGCUGAAGGCUGUCGAAAAGACGUACCAAGGCAAACCUGCCAAACAGAUUCGCUGGCUACUCUGCGAUAUCUACGGGUACGUUGGAAUCCGUUGCCGCCAGGAUGGAGAUUUUGUUGAAGCUGCCGAAAUGCUCAUCAAGGCUCUCGAGGCAAUGGGCUUUGUGAUCUACGCAACUACACCCGGAGAUGCCCGCGGCCAGUCUUGCUUCGAGGUCAAGCACUGGGGAAUGAUGGAACUCCAUGUCCCAUGGCUCUUCUUCCAGUUGAUCGAGUGUUACGAUGAGAUCGACCCGCAGCUGGUCCAACCCGCUGAGCACUACGCUCGAUUGGCAUACUCCAUCAUCGUCGGAGAGGGUGAAUCAAUGUGGGAGGUGUUGUCAGCUACUGGCAAUCAGUAUGGAAAUGUCGAAGAGGGUUAUGAUGAAAGCUAUGAGGGUUGA